AUGGCAUCGGUAGAUCACCACCAUGGCCCCGAAUCUUACAGCACGCUCGAGGUACAAAGCGUAGAGGCCUCAAAUCCUCAGGAGGGUUCAAAUAAAGAAGUGGUACCUCAUCCAGAAGGUGAAUAUCCGCAGCCCGUCUCCACACUCAACGCGUGGGAUACCCCAAAGCCAGAAGCGAAGGGCGUCGAUACGGAGGCAGCAGUCGCCCAGGGACAGAAUGACGGCAAUGCGAAGCGAAGGAUAUGUGGACUAUCACCACGCACCUUUUACAUUGUCCUGGCGGUUGUCAUACUAGUUAUAAUCGGAGCCAUCGCCGGAGGCGUUGCUGGAGGCUUGUCUAGCAGCCACAGCGAUUCGAGUGUAACGCCAGACCCGGGACCAGAACCAGGGACGACGGGAAAUGUCAAUAUCCUAAGUACAUCAAAGCUUGCGGCUUCCAACUGGACAGACUCCCAAGGCAAUAUUCACAGGCACGUGUUUUUCCAAGAUCCUUACAAUGCUAUCAUUACUCGGCAAUGGGACUCUGAGAAUAAGACGUGGACGACGAAGAACGUCAGCCAGCUACUGUCAUCAUCGACGACGGGGCCUAUUCACCCAAUCCCGGGGACAUCCCUGGCUUGCGCGUCUGCUGAUAAUAGAUGGGGUCCCCUGUACGAGGUGCAUGUCUGGUUCUCAGAAGCUUCGACCGACCCAGACCCUACCAUCAGUUGGGUGAAUUUAAACAAUCCGAUCGGAAACCCCAACUUCUGGACGUAUAGCUCGUCGAUACUUCGGACAUGGAACAGCACACAGCUAGCGGUGGCUUGGCAGCGCUGUCCGAGGGAUAGCUGCGUGGGAAACUGGGUUCUCGCGUACCAGGGGCGAGAGGGCUUCAUCAGGAUCGCAAACGCCAGCAAUUGGGACAACAACACAGAGCCGGUAAUCGGGGCCAAUGCAGUUUCUGCCGUCGCUCAACGGCACUUAUAUGGAACGAUAUUAGACGGCGUUGACCCUCUAACGACACGGCAAUUCGCUGCUACUACGAUGGAUAACUGGAACGAAGCGCUCUUCGUCGCCUUAUCUACAGGCGGGGGCGUAAAGGGAGCUCGAUGGGAUGGGGCAGCUUAUAAUGCGAUUCCGCAGAUUAACUUUGCUGACGGGGAGUCGACGAACUUCUCUGCUAUUGCGAUGACGACGGACGCGACGUUCUACGGGAUAUCUGAUGACCAGAUAUGGGAAUACACCGUCGAUACGUCGGAUCCAUCCACUUUUACGCUUGCUGGAAAGGUAUACCCAUAG